GUUCGUCGCCUCCUUGAACUUGGUAGCUUUAAUUCUUGGCGUUACAGAUAGGAUGGAACAACAUAUGACCUUGCAAGAUCUGGCACCGUUCGCUGGCACACGGAUGGUGCUCAUCCUUGUUGGACUGGUGGCAUCAGGAAAGUCUACAUUUGCUCAGGCACUCGAACGUCACUUUCCGCAAUUUCGCAGAUGUAAUCAAGAUGAGCUUGGGACGAGACAGCGCGUCGAGAGUUUAGCUCACCGCACGCUCCGCGAAGGCUUAUCGCCUUGUAUUGACAGGUGCAAUUUUGAUGUGAUACAGCGAUCCCACUGGAUUAAUAUCGCUCGCCAGUUUCCUGGUACUUCGAUCAGCGUUAUUGUUUUCGAUACCCCCUAUCAGGUCUGCUCCACCCGUCUUCAGGAACGAAGUUCACAUCCGACCAUUAAAGACCCUCAACAAGGUCAAUCUAUUCUGGCUAGGUUUGCGUCAGACCUUCAGUUCCCGCAACCCAACGAAGGGCAUGAUCACAUUCUUUACUUAAAGCCUUCGGACCACCCUCGUCCCGAGUAUACGAGCGAAGACAUUGGUUUGAUAUUACAACGGCUCCAAGCUUCUUCUACAUAUUUCAAACGGGGAAACAUUGAGCCUCCUAUGCAGGCUUCCUUCGUUUCCACAAGCUCAGCCUUCAUUCAGACACAAGGUCGCGGGUACGGAGCUCGUCGCGGUGGCAGGGGCCACCGCUUUCCGUCCAGUAGACUUCCCAAGUCCUAUUCUAGAAGGGGAGCGAUGACCGCGGAGAAAUCAGGAGAGCUGUAAAUUCAGAAACGUAUUUGCUCAAGGAUGUUGAUAGAGUACGUCUCGACUCCCAUGGAGCAGUCCGAGGAGUGCGGGCAGGUACUGGCAUUCCUAAGGAUUCCAUGGAGAUUGUACGAACUUCAAACCCUGGGUCAGAUAAUUUGCAACUUCGCAUU